GCGUCUGCAGCUGGACCCUUCUCCCUCUUGGGGCUGUCCCACGCCGUGAGCAUACCCACAUAUCAGGACCCCUAGCUGCCUUUCCUAUGCCUGUGUGCAACCCACCGGCUACAAAAGGAAGUGUGAAAAUGACCGUAUCUGUUUAUGUAAACUCAUAAUAUAUAUGAAAUAUGUCAUACGACAUAAUAUUGUGUUAAAAACAAACAUUCGAAUUAUGAGGCCGCCUCCAGCUAUCCACAAAACUCUGGAGGGUAUUCAGUCAUGACCAAUAGGGUAUGCAGUAUGAUAAUGAGCACAGUGCGCAAGGAAAUCCGCAAACGGAAGUGACAGAAAGUGCUCGAAACUCGAAAGUGGAAACAGAGUGGUGUUUGUUUUUGCUGCGGGCUGAUAUUUUGGGGGCGUUUCGAACUGCUGUAUUUGAGCCAACGACUCAAUUACCUGGCUGUCCUGAUGGGGCGUUGGAAACUGCUUAUCCCGUUCCUCCACCUUAUCCUGCAUGUGAGCAGCAACUCAGCAUUUACUCCUGUAAAAGGCAGUGUGAAAGGCACUGUUACCCUACCAUGUAGUGGGGCUGUAAGCAAGGACACUCCUCCCCAGGAGCAUGACGUCAAAUGGGUGACUGCGAAAAACAUCCUGGUCGCACACUACCAGCAGGGGGAGCUCACAGUGGGAGAUUUGUUCAAGGACAGAGUCAACAUCUCCGAGGAUGACAUCAGGUUUGGAAACUUCUCCCUCAAAAUCAGCCCAGUGGAAUACAGUGAUGGAGAUCUUUAUAUGUGCUUCUCGAGGGGAGAACAUCUUGGUGACGUCAAACUAGAGGUUUUUGUGCCCACAGAUGUAUCUGCACGGCUUGGGGAACCUGCCACUCUCCCUUGUUAUGUCCCGGUGGAUAAAACGCAAAGGAGCAACACUGAUACUGUUCACUGGGAGAAAGAUGGACAGACUGUCCUACUCCUUCAGUCUGGGUCAUCCAAUAAAAGCUCUGGAUUUGAGAACAGAUAUAGCAUGUCAGUAGACAAGGUUAGAUUUGGUGACCUGUCUCUGACAAUCUCUAAAGUGCGUUAUUCAGAUCAAGGAACCUAUCAAUGCUUCAGCACAGAGAAAACUGUAAAGCCUGAUAUAAUCAACCUCAUUAUUGAAGCCCACUACAACAGCACCUCCCUCCAAAGUGGUCAGUCCCUCUGGCUGCAGCUCUACAGCUCAGAACCAGUGAGGGUUGUGUUCCAGCCCAAUGAAAACUCGUCCACUGUACCUGUGUGCACAGUGAAGGGAGAGUCAGCAGACUGUGUGCCUCAAUACCAGCACAGAGUGUCCAUCCAGAACACAGCUCUCAAACUGGACUCAGUCACGCCCCUUGACAAUGGUGUGUACAGAGUCAUAGACCACAAGACCAACAAGAACAUCUCUGUCACUGUCCUUACAGACCCUCCAGCUACUGCAGGAAUCACAUGGCCAGGGGUGCUGCUGGGGGUGCUGCUGGGGGUUCUGGGGGUUCUGGGGGUUCUGGGGGUCAAGGUGGAGGGGGUGAAGAGAUGCUUCCGCCGUCCCCAGAUGCAGCCAGUCUCACAGCGCAACAUAGCGGAGGACUCUGAGUCUCUGAGAGAGAUGGCGUCCCUGGCACCUAGUCAGCCUGUGCAGGAGAAUGGAGAAGAGGAGCAGCUGAGAGCCUCCGUCUGCGAGAGCGGAGACACUGAAGACAAGCGCGGCCCUCAGCCUUGGAAUGAUAGCUCACAUUGUAAGAAAGUUUGGGCACCCCCCAACCUAAAACCACACCCAUGA